AUGCGUAUCUACUCCCCCGCCCACGACAUGGAUUUCGAAUACGAUCCGAUCGAGCCUCCCGCACGCUUUGACGACCCAAGCCUGCCCUCUUGUACCGCCUAUGGUCCCGACUUGUAUGGAGAGUUGGUCGGUUACGAGAUGUUGGAGGCUGAGGUGGUGGCUUCUUGGUCCAUGGAAGAGCUGGGUUACACGAACGAUGCGCAACACGUGCACACGGAUGGUCGCAUCGAAGGCCAGCAACACCCACCGGAUUACUACGCGGACAGUUCAUAUACGGAUACGUGGGAAGACGGUCUGCACGAGAUUGAGAAUUUCGAUUGGGCAAGCGAUAAAGAGGAUGAGGUAAACGGUAGUGAGCAGUCAAACAAGAGCCACGGCCAGGAAGAGGUUGAAGUUACCAGUGGCGCCGAUACUCAGUGCUUGCAUGACCAAGGUCAGGAUGCGGGCCUCGUCGAUCGCGAACCCCCAAAUCCCUCUGAGAAGGUAGAUUCGCCGACCACCCAACCCGAACUUUCUGUCAAAAAACCGAACAAAGCCCCACUGUCUGAUGGAACCGCAAUCGUUCCCACAGAAUCCAAGACAAGCGCGGAACACACACCCUCUAUGUCGCCAGCCUCCAAGCUUACCCCGGAACGCGAAAAGACGGCUUCGCAUACGAACAUACUUCCACAUGUUACCGAGAAAGUAGAAUCCGGUCUGCCAGCGAUCGAUGAGAAGCAUGCCGAAGUCCCGGAUCUCAUGGAUAUCGACGACCUCACCAUCGUUGCUGAAACCGAGCGCUUGAACAUCGGCCCUCAGACGCAAGAUAACGUGGCUGCCGAAGAGGGGCCUGUUGAAACUUACCCUAUACCAGUCCUCCAUGAUGCCGACGGUAACAUGCUUUCCGAGUUGCAAUCUUGUUCUGGCUCAGAAGAUGACAAGGCUGCGGAGGCAUCAACGAUCCCCCUUGCAUCGGCUUCUUCAAGGCAUGACAGCCUCGUGGUGCACAAGUCAAAUCUGGAAAACUCUUCACAGGUCGACAUAGCUUCCCAAAAGCCACGGACGGGCUUGUCGAUGCAGCUAAAAUCGUACGCAACCUCAGAUGAAGUACAACAGACGCCGCAUAAUCCUGGUAGUGAAUACGAUGAAGAAGCUAUUCAAAGUGCUUUGGAAGCAUUAAGCCGAAUCCAGACGCAGAAAGAUCGUUUGGAUAAUGAAGAGCAGCUCGAUGAAGGCUCCGCGAUGCAAAUUGGACCUGCUACCGAACCUCUGCGAUUGCCGCCAGAAGCGCUUCCUGAAGUGCGAGACUCUCCGGCACACUUGAAAGCUGACAAGGCGCCGGAAGUCACGUCUGAACUCACAACUUCCGUUCUACCAGAUUCUUCCAUGAUCACUGAGGGUGACUCGUUAAGCCCAAGAUCGCCUGAGGCACUCUCGCGUGUCGAAGAGGAUGUUGAAGGACCAUGGCAAGCGCAGUUGCGGGAUGCGGCCGCCGACUCACUGCCUAGCGUUCCCUCCGAACAUUUGCCCUCAAAGAAUCUUGAUCAUAGCGAUCCAUCGAUUAGAAAAUCUCUGGAGAUCGCAGCUGGAGAAGCAAGUCCAUUAUUUGCGGGUUCGACGUCGGAGCUGCAGUUGGAAAGCAAUGUGGCCUUACCGCCCCUGCCCUUCCCGUCUGAAGACGAAGUACGUCAUGAGAAAUCUCAGAUCUCGCCUGCUGAAGUGCCCGCGGAUGAAGAGAACGCAAGUGCGGCGAAACUAGCUCAUGGGCUGUCCAAGUCUCCAGCCCCAUCCGACGCAGAGCCAGAUACUACGAUUGCAGACAGCACCACUGUACCCGACGUCGAUGACAGUACCAAUGCGCCAGCCAUUCCCGAAGAAGAUCAAAUGGAAAAUGUAUCGUUUGCCCACAAUAUGGAUACUACCGAAGACGUUGGUUCUACAACAGAAGUACCUGAACCAGAAACCCAGCCUGUUCACCACCAUAAGCGAUCGAAAGCGUCCAAGAACACAACGAGCGUUUCCGAGAGUGACUCAGACGGUCCGGUCAAGAAAAAGCGGAAGGCUAAUAUCGCUUCCAUUGCUAAGGCACGUACUAUCAAAGCUGCAAACAAGAAGCCUAGCAAAGCCCCCAAAGAUCAGGAAGACGAAUCUACGCCACCGCCAGCUACGGGUAGACGUACUACGGCCAAAUCGAAGAAAGAGGCUGCUCAUGUGAAUGUUGUCAACAACGAACCGACUGUAUCAACCAAGCAUGGAGGUGCAAUGAAACAUACCGGAUCAUCUGCGAAAGCACCCAUCGUAGUUGAAUCUGAUGAUGCCAUCAUCAGUGCUCAAUCUGACCAGGGAGGCGACAGUGCCGACAUGGACGAGCACUUCAGCGACGUCGAGAAUCCGGCAACACCUAGCAAGCAAACACCCGCCGCUGAAAUCGUUCUAGGUACACCGAUGUCGAGACCGUCAGUCUCAAAACGUGAACUUCGGGGCCUUACUUCAACGUCGUACAGACAACACCCGUCAAAGGCAAAGCCUAUAUCGCGUAAGCUGUUUCCACCGCAUAAGCCCGAGGCUCUAGGCGAACUCAUGUCAAGUAUGCCAGCUCCUGCAAACUCGGCAACUGUUCCAGUCAGUGACGCUGACUCUGUUGAUCUCUUUGGAGACUUGGGCGUCCCUGAUACCACUACCAAGGCACCCAAACGUCCUGCACCAAAGCCUAAGGCUACUCCAGCGAAAGCUGCGAGAGCGAAGAACGGUCCAGCAGCUCCAGGGCAGAUGAAGAAAAUCCCCGCUACUCGUGCUACCAGAAGACGCAAUGCUUCGCCCAAGAAGGAGGGAAAGACCAAGUCUAAGGAACAGGAAGAGUCUGAACUACUGUUGCUAUUCCCCGAGCCAAAGAUCGAUACUAAAGGACCUAGCCCAGAGGUGGACGUGCCCACUCCCCCGAGGCCCCUCAGAAGAACCACUAAGCAGAGCAUCUUGGACGAGCCUGAAGGCGACUAUGAUGCUCACAAGAUCAACGGCGACCCUGAAAACGCCGUUGAAGACGACGACGAUGAUUCCGAGGAUGCACGAGAAACCAUCGAAGCGUCUGCCGAAGACAGCGACACUCCCCCGCCAUCCAAGAAUCCGGAGCUCAAGAACAAGCCUCUGAUGCUCGGUGGCCACACCAUCCGCCAAACCAGGUCUCGCGCCACCACCACCCCAGCUCGCAGCAUCGCUCUCAAAGCCGGCCCCGCCAAGAACAAGUUUGGGUUCACGCCUCCCCUAACACGACAGGCGAAGAAAACUGCCAACGUUCCUAGUGCGUCCGCACCUGCACCAGCCAAACCUGCUCCGAAGGCCAAAGCGCCAGCAAAGUCCAAAGCGGCUCCCAAGCCGGCUAAGCAGCCUUCUGUACGCAAGACGCGCCAAGCGUCUGCGAUGGAAGAGGAGAAUAAAGUCAAGUCUAAGAGGAAGCUCAGAAGCGACGGUUGA